CACACUGUGACCACUGACAAUGUAUUUGGAAGCAAAAGGAAAACGGUUUCCUACGCGAUCCCACCAUCUCCCCGGUACCGGUACACUCGGCCCAAGUGGCAGUACGUGGACUGGACGCUCCUGCAACCUACGUUCUUGUCGGACACAAUUCGGAAUUUUACACCACCGAAAAGUGGUGUAAGCUAAUCUCCACGCGGAUGCACGGCUGCGGAACAACAGUGAUCCGAGUUGUCCCCUAUUUGGGAUUCCAUUGGUGAGACCUUGACCUGAGGUCCACGUUAAGGUUAUGUAUUUGGAUGAAAUUUAAUUUACAGUUGGCUCUAGUGAAGAACAGAUACUUACAUGAAACCAGUUAAGUCUCAAAGAACACUUGAUUCCAAGAAAACACCGUAAGU